AUGUCGAUGCAUACUGCUUACCUGCGGUACAGAUACGCAGUGCUUGACUUCGCCACCGUUGGUCCAGUCAAGUUCGGCCUUAUCGAUGUGAGAGAUUUCACCGAUGUAAACAAGAGCUGCGAGGUCCAUCAGCGAGCCGAUCAAGUGACUUCAGCUCUACGAGCAGUGAAGGAGGAAAGGGAAGCUGAAGUGAAACGCGCCAUUGUGAUCAACUAG